ACUAAGUCGCCACCACCUAACCUUCCCUCACAAUUCCCACGAUUCCCUACCCCAGAACUCUUUGAUACAAAAACGUGAUAUCUUCUCCUCAUAAAUCAUUCCUACAUCUCUAUAAAAUAAUGCCCCUUCACCUCAAAGUAUCAAAAAGAAAGAAAUGACCAUUCCCACCUCUUACAAUGGGGUCGCUACUCCAAGCAAUCCCGCCUUGGAAAUAAACCCUCUCACCCUCUUCGAUAUCGCAAAGAAUGAAAAUAGACCACUCUAUACUUGUGCGCCUAUGGUGCGGUAUAGUAAACUAGCUUUUCGAGAAACGGUCGCUCGGUAUGGAGUGGAUCUUUGUUGGACUCCGAUGGUAUUGCAGAUUUUGGCAAAAGAAUUUAAUCGCAGUGUUUUUGCACGUGAUUCAGACUUCACCACCUCCCCCACCUCCGGCCCCACCAUCGCCCAAUUCGGCGUGUGUUCUCCCCUCGAAAUCUCCCGCUCCACCACUCUCCUCGCCCCCUACGUAAACGGCAUCGAUAUCAAUUGCGGAUGCCCACAAUCCUGGGCCUGCGCCUGUUCCAUCGGCGCCGCACUAAUGCACAAGCGCGAACUGGUUGCGGAAAUGGUCAAGGAAGCGAAAAGUGCGUUGAAGAGAGAUGGAUACGAGGGAAAGAAAACAGUUAGCGUGAAGAUUAGGAUUCAUCGAGAUUUACGAGAAACAAUCGAUUUCAUCCAAACCGUCCAAGACGCCGGCGUAGACUUCCUCACCAUCCACGGCCGCAUGCGCUCAACCCCCUCCUCCCACCCCGUAAACCUCGACGCCAUAAAACUCCUCACAACACACGCUACAGUCCCUACCCUCUCCAACGGCGAUACAUUCACCCUCGCAGACGCCUUCCAUCAUACCUCCUACACCGGCGUCUCGGGCGUCAUGUCCGCGCGCGGACUUCUCGAGAAUCCAGCACUUUUCGCAGGCUAUACAUCUACACCCUGGGAAUGCGUCGAUGUUUUCAUAAAUCAGGUGAUUAAACAACCUAUACCGUUUAAAUUGGUGGUGCAUCAUCUGAGCGAAAUGUGCGGCACGGAUCGUUCGCAGAAUGGAGGGAAUAAUGGAUUGUUGGGGAAGGAGGAGAGGUUGAGAUUGAUGGAGUGUAGGGAUAUGCUGGAUGUGAUUGAUUUGAUGGAUGAGGUGAAGGGGUUGCGGAGAUUAUAGAUUUAUAGAUUCAGAGAUGGGGUUUUGUAGAGAGAUAGAUAUGAUGGAUGGAUAUUCAAGCUUUAAAAGGGCCUUCAUUUUUUCCUUUCUUUCUCAAUUUUAUAACAUGUAUUCCAUUCAUUAUAUUCUACAACCACAAGAUAUAUUGCGGAGUAUCGACUGAUCUGUUUGUCUGAGUUUUUAGAUACAAGAAGAGCUAAAGAGAAAAACGGUAAACUAGAAAGAAAGAAAAAAAUAGAGGAAGAAAAAAAAAACAAUAAGCAAAACGCAAAGUCGAACGCCACGGGU